AUGGAAGUGACUAAUCUUCAGAUUGAUGUCGCCCAGUACAAAGUUGGAAUUACACACAUCUUCUUCAAAAAAAUCGACAUCAAACACCGAUUUCACAUCUUCAUUACAGGAACAUCAGGAAAUUUGUCGGUUCGGGUCUCAGCUAAUAGUUCAGCUGGAAAUUUGACUGGUGGCUCGAAGCAGUGCAGCAUUGUUUUUACAUCAGAUGUGAAGUUGUUAAAGUGCAUAGCUCGUGGGCUGAUUUUCCUGACUAUUUUAAGCAACAGGGAGAAAAGGUUGCUGGCAUUUACCAAAAGGGGGACAAGCAUACAUUUUGUUCUUGGACAUAUUUGUUACCAUAUUUUGGUUGCUGGUUUAAAUGGUUAUAUGGCCAGUGUCACCAACCUCAAAAGUCCUUCAAACAAAUGGCGUUGUGGUGCAGCUCUAAUAACGGCUAUGAUGACCGUCAAGCAUUAUGGUCGCGGGUCAGGGUCAGGGGCUACAACACUUGGGAAACCUUUUGUUCAUCCUGCUACCGUAGAUUUGAGAGGCUAAGUAUACGAGCUGCUUAGACAAAAUGCAAUAAGAUUCUUGUUGGAUGGUGUCUACAGAAACCCCGGCCCCCUUCAGUUUGACGGGCCAAGUGCCGUUUCCAAAGCUGUCAAGGCAUUUGUUUGGUGAUUAUAAUUUUGUGUACUUAAUGUGUAUAAUUUGUGGUUGGUUAGGUUGGAAACAACAAUCAAACAUUUUGCUCGGCAUGUCAAGGAAAUUAUUCUUACUUGUGUCAAAAGAUGGUCAAGAGCGAUUCACAAGCCUUUAGUCCAAGUGGUACCAAACAUGUAUAAUUUCUAAGUUGUAUACAUAACUGAUAUUUGUCUAUUUCUUGAUGUUUUUGUACACGGCUAAAGAAAACUUUGUUACUAUUUUAUGUAA